ACAACAUCUCACCUCUCCCAACCCCAUUCUUUCUCUAUCUUGCUUUCUUCAUUCCCUCACACCUACACUUUGAAACUGUGAAACAACACCAACCCCUUCUCAAUUCACAACCACAACAGAAGCUGCAGAAACAAGCAAUCGAUCCAGAUUAGUGAUUUUCUCUCUCUCUUUCUCUUUCUUUUCCCCUCCCCCCCCCCCCUCUUCUUCUGCAGAAGAGACCAUGAGCUCCAUUAUUGAGAACUUUCAGAAGCGAAGCUUCAUCCCCUCCAGACCCGUCAACGAAGACCUCCCGGUCUCUCAGAAAAACCCAAAAGAGCAAGGAUUCCGUCGAAGACUCUCUACCAUUUCGAUGAGAAUCAACCCCAUUCCAUCCCCUUCAGUGGCGUCAUUCAACUUUAUUCCCAGAUCCAAAUCUAUGUCGGCGAUCGGAGAAUCGGCUGGAGGUUCCAUAAAGAAAUGGUGGGACAGGGGAUGGGCUUGGAUCCUAUCAAAGAAACCCCCAUUCGCCAGAGAUCUAGAGAUGAACGAGGUGGAAUCCACCAUGUUGGGUUGUCACAGCAAGGGCAGCUGGAGGCAUGUGUUCUACAAGGUGAGAUCCGAGUUCAGAAAGCUCAUGGGCUCCAAUAAGGUUGGUUUACCUCAGACCUUCAGGUACGAUUCUUACACUUACUCUCAGAAUUUCGAUGACGGCAAGAAGGCUCAGGAUUAAUUAAACCCACUGUGAAGCCUCAAGUCUCAAAUCUGAGCUUUAAUUUCUUUCUUCUACUGCUUAAUAGUAGUAAUCUUCUUCCUGGGGGCUCCGCCUCUUCAUGUUGAGAAACUAAGAUCAAAAUUAAUAUCAAUUUCUUCCCUGGGGCUCUGCCUCUUCUGUGUAGCAAA